GUCAAUGACAGACUUGUUGACAGAGAUGACGCCUCUUGGAGAGAUGAAGUCCAACAAAACUUCUUAGAAUGCAAAGAAGACACAUGCGCUGUUCUUGAAAAUGAAAUAGAAAACAGAAUAGAAGAGCUAUUAAAUGACAAAGCACUUUUACAAAAAUAUGGUUCUGAGAAGUUUGACAUAACUCCACCAGAAAAGAAGAAGAGAGAAAAGAAAGAAAAGAAAGUAGAAGAAGAGAAGAAAGAACCUGAACCAGUUCCAGAGAAAAAGAAAUUUGACAUGUAA